CCCUUUCCCGUUUCCUCCCUGCUCUCUCGCGAGAGGAGGAGCUUGCAGCGGCCGAGCCGAGGCCGAGCGGCCUGGAAGGUGCAGCAGCCCCAGCCUGGUCGCGAGGCGGCCGUUGUCCCGGAACCUGGCGUGUAGGUUGAGUGCUGCAUGUGUGCUUUUCAGAGCAAUAGUGUGAGAAAGCUUGCAGUGGGAUGGCAGGACGGCCUCAUCCUUAUGACAGUAACUCCAGUGAUCCAGAGAAUUGGGAUCGGAAAUUGCAAAAUAGACCCCGUAAGCUUUGUAAAUAUUCAAGUACACCAUCUCGUGUUGCUAAAGGAGUAGACAAUACCAGAAUGAGCCUACAUGGUGCUAGUGGUGGACAUGAGAGAUCACGAGACAGACGCAGGUCAAGUGACAGAUCACGAGACUCAUCCCAUGAAAGAUCAGAGUCUCAACUCACUCCAUGUAUCAGGAAUGUAACUUCACCAACAAGACAACACCAUGGUGAUCGAGAAAAGGAUCACAGUUCAUCUCGGCCAAGCAGUCCUCGUCCUCAGAAAACUUCCCCAAAUGGUUCCAAUAGUAGUAUUGGGAACAGCAGUAGAAACAGUAGCCAGUCAAGUUCAGAUGGGAGUUGCAAGACUGCAGGGGAAAUGGUAUUUGUAUAUGAGAAUGCAAAAGAAGGAGCCCGGAGUGUAAGAACCUCUGAACGAGUUACUCUUAUAGUGGACAACACUAGAUUUGUUGUAGAUCCUUCGAUUUUUACUGCACAGCCUAAUACAAUGUUGGGCAGGAUGUUUGGAUCAGGCAGAGAACAUAACUUCACCCGUCCCAAUGAAAAGGGAGAAUACGAAGUAGCUGAAGGAAUUGGCUCAACUGUGUUUCGUGCUAUUCUGGAUUACUAUAAGACUGGGAUAAUACGUUGUCCUGACGGAAUAUCUAUUCCUGAACUAAGAGAAGCAUGUGACUAUCUUUGCAUCUCCUUUGAAUAUAGUACUAUCAAAUGUAGAGAUCUCAGUGCUCUUAUGCAUGAAUUAUCAAAUGAUGGUGCUCGCAGACAGUUUGAAUUUUACCUUGAAGAAAUGAUUCUUCCACUGAUGGUAGCUAGUGCCCAAAGCGGCGAGAGAGAGUGCCACAUUGUUGUGCUUACGGAUGAUGAUGUGGUUGAUUGGGAUGAAGAGUAUCCUCCACAGAUGGGAGAGGAAUAUUCUCAAAUUAUUUACAGCACAAAGUUGUAUAGAUUCUUCAAGUAUAUUGAAAACAGAGAUGUGGCCAAAUCAGUUCUGAAGGAAAGGGGGCUCAAGAAGAUUCGAUUGGGUAUUGAAGGUUACCCCACAUACAAAGAAAAAGUGAAGAAACGGCCAGGUGGGAGGCCAGAGGUGAUUUACAACUAUGUCCAAAGACCAUUCAUUCGGAUGUCUUGGGAAAAAGAAGAAGGAAAGAGUCGGCAUGUUGACUUUCAGUGUGUAAAAAGUAAAUCUAUUACAAACCUAGCAGCAGCUGCAGCAGAUAUCCCCCAGGACCAGCUAGUGGUAAUGCACCCCACACCACAAGUGGAUGAGCUGGAUAUUCUACCUAUUCAUCCUCCACCCAGCAACAAUGAUGUGGAACCGGAGGGACUAAACCCAGCACUCUGAUUCAGAUUCUUAUUCAAACAAAAGCAUGCUACUUUGAAAAGUGACACUCUCUCAUACUGCACUGCAAUUCCAGCUUUUCUUCAUUGUGUAACACAGUGUUUAGGAUAUUGCA